UCGUUAGUAACCUACCAACAGUACACCAGUGUCAUGCUAUUGUCAGUCUCGUGUCUGGUGCGCGGGUGUAAAGAGAAUUGUUAAUAAUAAUCCAACACUCCUUCAACAACAUCCCAUAAUUUAUACUAAACAUAUCCCGCGUCCCACGUUCACUUGUUGCUUUUUUCAAAAGUCUAGACAUAAAAUCACUACUUACAAUUUUCGAUUCAAAAUUCAUACUCCAUUAAUUAAAUAAAUAAUUAAUGUCAAGUGCAAUUACUUGGAUACAUCAUUCAAAGUCGGUUUACUGAAGGGCUCGGUCACGGCGGAGCGGCCGCGGACACUUAGACGGCUGCGGAACGUCUACACACCUGCAUGCGUUAUGGGCACCGGCAGCUUGGAUUCAUCCAGCAACGACCGCAUUAUCGAGGAUGCCAACGCAGAUCCAGUACUGCGGGACAAAGAUCGUGAUAGAGACGAGAAAUCUCUGAGUAUUAUGAGCCCAUUUGAUGAGCAAGAAGAGUGGGCUAAAAUAUCCGAAAUAAUGGCUUCCUUUGGGACCGGACUUGUUCGCGAAUCUGUUUUUGUUAAUGAAUUGGAGAAAGAAUUCCAAUCGCGGCUUGGAAUUGGAUGUGAAACAAACAGUCCAACAGUUACAACAACCGUCGGGCAGUGGUUAUUAAAUAUAGGCUUUGCUGACUACGAGUCACUUUUUUUAAAUUAUGGUUUUGAUGACCUCGACUUUAUCAAUGGAGUACUGGAAGAAUCGGACCUAAAAGACAUGGGAAUAACGAGCGACACGGAGCGCGCUGUGAUAAUGAACGCCUCGCUGUCGCUGAACAAGCGCGUCGACAAGAGAUCUGGGUCCCAGGCGCGGACGCUCGAGGAGUGGCUCAAGGGAAUAAAUUUAGAGAACUACUUGGAGACUUUUAAAAAGCAUCUAUACACAGAUAUGGACAGAGUUAAAAGAGUUUGGGAAGUCGAAUUGGCGGCCGUGCUCGAGAUACACAAACCCGCUCAUCGGAAGAGAAUUUUGGCCUCGGUCACUGGUCCUAGUCCGAGGUCAUUGUCUACUAAUGGACGUGGAUCUAAUUUAGAGGAUCUUAAUAAAGAUCUAAAUAAUUUGAAAACUAAUAUUCAGCAGUUAAAAGAUGAAAUCUGCGAUAAGUUGCCUGAGACUUCUCAAAACAAUGGAAAUACCACGCAAACUUCAGCAACAACAUCAACAACAACAACGACAACAACAACUACAACGGUCACGGGAACGAACGCAACCACGACCGGUACCUUGAGGCACCGAAAGAAUCGCCCGGCACCCCAACCUCCUCAGCGACCUCAGAACGGAACUUCAUCAGCAAGUGCUCCAUCUGCAGAACAACUAGAGAUACGUGCGCCCUCUGAGUUACUUUUCGGUGUGCCCUCGACACUAAAAACUCAGUGGAGGCACCAGCCCAAGGUUCUAGUCUCUGGUAACAUCACUUAUGUCGCCAAUUACUUGGGUUCUACAGUAGUAAAAGAAUUACGUGGCACCGAGUCGACUAAAAAGUCGAUACAGAAACUCAAAAGCACUUGCAGAGAUCCUCGUGUGAGUCUGGCUAUCACACUAGCGAUUUCUUACCGCGGGGUCAGAUUUUUGGAUACGAAUACUAAUGAACCGAUUUGCGAUCAUGAAAUCCGUAAUAUUCAUUGCGCGUGCCAAGAUGCCGAUGAUCUAACGCAUUUCGCUUACAUUACUAAGGAUCACGCAAGUCGUACACAUUUUUGUCAUGUAUUUUGUGUACCCACAAUGGACCAAGCUACAGAAGUAAUAUUAACCCUCGGUCAAGCUUUCGAAGUCGCUUACCAGAUGGCAUUGAAAGACAAACUGACCGGAAAUAAUCAGACCGUACGCUCGCAGUCAGCAAGUCAACUGACAAAUAUCACACCGUCUUCAACUUUGAGUAUUAAGACUACCUCGGCUAAUCAUAGCAAUGAAAGUCGUGCCAACGAUAAAACAACACCAGUAAAAACAAUAACAAUAACAACAACAAAUGCAGACAUUAAAAAUAACUCAAAUAUCACACCAACAAUAAAUAGCAAUAACUCAAACUCUUAUAGCUCCAAUACUCUUAAGGCCAAGUUAAAAGCAAACAAAACUAGCGCGAGUGUAAUAAAUACAAACGCUAAUACUAAUACUAUUAGCAAUAGUAAUAGUAACAGUAAAAGUAAUAGUAAUUCGAAUUACAAUUCAAAUUCACAUUGUAAUGUUAACAUGAGCACAAAUUCAUAUGGGAUAAAUGUCAGUGGAAGUAAUUGUACUUCCAGUGAGAAUCCAAAUGGCAAUUCAUCGGUAGGACCAGCGGUAGUGCCGCCAAAGCCAUUGGUAACGCACGGGCGGUCACACUCAGUAAACGACAUCAAGAUUAAUGGGAAUCAGUUAAAGCUCGUGCCAACUCCGGUUGAUGACAUCGGUAUCGGUGUCAAAGACAUGAAGGCUGGUUCGCGUGCACCUAUUGCGCUUUCUGAAGAGCUCUAAUUAUCGACUACGGCAUCAUCAAAUAUCAACAUCACCAUCAACAUCAACAUUAACACCAUCAUCAUCAUCUAAAUUAAUAAGUUGGUUUAUUUAUUGAAAUAAAUAAAACUGUGAUUAAUUUAAAUACUUUAUCGAGUCUUCAAAGACAACGAGUUAUUUCUAGUGAUUUAAAUUUAAAUAAAAACGACGAAUCUGAGAAUCGAUACAAGCAAGAUAAUUCGGUAAGUUUUUAUUUAUUUCAUUUUUUUUAUUGACAUACAGUUGAAGUUUCCUAAAGUUGCUCUCUGUACCAGACUAAAGUUGCUUUUUUUCCUUCUCCCCACUCUGCAUUCUCGCAAGGAUAGUGUGUUCCCCUAUGCGCGUUCUCAUGCGUCGCAAAAUUGAAACAAACGGAAUUAGACAUACGUCGAGGCUAAAUUAAUUAAGCAGAAGUAUCAAACAUAUACCAUUAUUUUUAAUAAUGUAUUAAUUAAUACAUACAUAAUUUAAAUGAUGAUUUUUUUCCUACCACGAUUUCUUCCCCCACCAUUUAAAUGUUGGUUUGGCGCAUGCGCCAUUCUAAUAGUAUGGUAGUGGGGGAAGAAACUGGUGGGAAAAAUCCCAAGCUUUGGUUUGGACCACUAUACACUGACAUUUAUAAAAACAGCAGAUAUCCGAGAGUUUUUCAACAAUUUACAAAAUAUUCAUGUGUUCUUAGCAGAAAUUAAAAAAAAAACUAAUAAAAUUAAUUACAUCUUGAAAAUACUUUUGUUAAUUAUUUUUAUGUUGCUCAGAUAGUCUUAUUAAUGAUAAAAAAAAUUAUAUUUCGAGGUUAACUAUCUCGCAUAACAGAAUAUUUAAUCAAUUAUAGAUAUUUAAAUCACGCGCCAAAAUUUUGAAUUCUGAAUCGUCUUGUAAAAAUACGAAUUAGAGAAAAUCCGAGCAAUUUUGGAGAGCGCAUCCUGUUAACUUUGGGGAGCGAUCAUUAGCUAUCGAAGGAAAAAAAAAUUUAGGGAGCUGGCAAUUUGAGGAAAAGCAACUUUAGAGAGCUUCGACUGUACUUGGAGCGCAGUAAGGAAGUAUUUGAUUAAUCGAGUCGAAAUAGAGGUUAGAAAUAAAUAACAUUCCCUUUAAAAUGUUUUUUGAUGAUCUUUAUUAAUAUAUAUAUACUAAUUACAUUAACAUAUGCUCAAUACUUUAUAUUAAUUGUUAGAUUGAGUUUAGUUAAUCAAAUUGUUUUUUUUGAAAAAAUUAUUAUCCUUUUUUCUAAUGAACUUUUUGAUGGGUUUUUAAAAUAAUGAGCCUACUUUUUCAAUAUUUUCUAAAGACUGACGAUUUUUCAUGUGACUAGGCUAUUCUAAUCAUACGCCAUUUUGUGAGCGUCUGCCGCCAUUUGUAUUAACUAACUGACGGCCAUUUUUGUUCACCUGAGAACUUUGAUGACUUCUUAAAAACAAAAUAAUUAGUAAAUUCGUUUAGUUUAAUUAUUUCCGAUAUUUAUUGAAGUGAAUUUGAAUAAAUUUGUUAAAAUUUUUUGAAUUUAGUGAAUCAAAUUUAUUAAGAAGUCAAAAAAAAAAGCCUAGUCUCAAUGUCCAUGUUAUUGCAACUUUAUUCGAUAAUUAUGACAAUUAAGAUUUCUAUUAAAUCUACUAAUCAAUAGAAUAAUUAAAAAAAAAAUUGAGAAUAAUUAAAAAUAUAAAUAAUUAGCCAAAAAUUAUUUAAAAGUAGAUUGGAAUUUUUGGUGUAGAAAAAAAAAAUUCGGAGGAAAAUUGUGGAGAGAGCUGAUUCCAAAGUACUUUAAUUAACGAUAAAUAUUUAAAAGUAUAAUUAAAAAUAAAAAUAUGGGCAUUUGUAAAAAUUUAUCUAUAAAUGGUCCUAGAAAUUUUUAGACGCCACUUUAACUGGCAUUAUUUAUUAAAAAGAAAAAAAAUUAUAACAAUAACAAUGAGUGUAUAAAAGAGCGAGCAAUUACGACUGAUAAACAGGACUGCGUGUCACUCGGUGAUAAUUGGCUUAAAAUAAUUACAAAGAAACAAAGGAAAUAUUGGAUAAUAAAUAUUUAAAUACAGUUGGUAUAGAAUAGACCAAAGAUAGCGAGUGAAUAAAAGGUAAAUUGACUUUAGAUACUAGUAAUUUUAAAAUUAAAAUUUAUCAAUAGUAACUGAACUGCCAAAAAAUCCACUACGGAUUGUUACUGUAUUAAAAAGUACACCGACGAUUUAAAUAAAAUUAUAAUAUUUUGAGAAGAGAAUUAAUUAAUUAUUAAUAAUUAAAUGCAUACCAAAGCACGUCGGUAUUGUAGAAAAUUGUAUACUAUCAAAUGAUAAAUUUUCUUGAUAGUUAAUAUUGAUAAUUAAUGAUUAAUAAUUAAUAACAGUAACAGUAAUGUUUCAUAAUUUUCCUCAUUUUUAUAUUCGCGUUUAUUCUAAAUACUGCGACGCUUUUAAUAAAGUUGGUUUCUAUAUUUCCUGCCAUUAAAAAAAAAUAUUAGCUUCGAUAAGUAAAAUUAUGCCAUGCCAGUAAUCAAGUAAAAGAAAAAUUUCAGCUAUGACUUCCAUAAAAAUUUUGUUUUUAUUAAAUAAAUUUUGAGGAUUCGUUUUUUCUAAUGUAGAUUUAAAUUUCGUCAUAAAUACUAGGGUUAAAUAUUGCUAAGCAUACGUAGUUACUCUUUAAAUCUUAAACUGAAAGCGGAAUUUGGAAAUCAGUUUUUUUUAUCCUGAUUAGUAGACAGUUAACAAUUUUCAAAUUUUUUAUUUUCAGCAGUUUAAUUUAAAGAAAAAAUAUGCACAUGUAGAAAAUUAAAAAAA